GGCCAGCACCGCCGCGGGGUCCCGGCCCGGGCUCGGCGCCGCCAUGGCCGCGGUCUGGCAGCAGCUGCUGGCCCUGGACGCCAGGUACGCUGCGUACCGCACGCCGCGGUGCCCGCAGUUCCGGACGCAGUACGUGCGGCGCCGCAGCCAGCUGCUGCGGGCGGGGGCGGAGGCCUGGGGGUGCCAGGAGGCCGCCCGGCGCCGCUGGUACCUGCGGCUCCGUGCCAGGCUGCUGGCCCAGCGCUUCGGAGCCCUCUCCGAGCCGGGCGCCGGCCGCGCCCACAGCGGCAGCGCCCUGCGGGCCAGCAGGAGCACCCUGGACAGGAUGGAGGACUUUGAGGAUGCCCCCCGGGGGCAGCGGCGCCCCCUGAGCAGGGCAGGGCAGCAGGAGCGUGCCCCCGGGGUGGUGCCCACGCCGCUGGCAGAGGCCAGCAGGGCCAUGGCUGGGGGCACCUCCCUGAGCCAGAACUAUGAGUUCCGAGGAGUCUGCCACGUGUUCGACCAGCACAGCGACAGCCCCGUGCCCAAGGUGCAGUUCGCUCACCACGACCGGCACCUGCUGGCCUGCUGCUCGCUGGACGGCAGCAUCUCGGUGUGCCGGCUGGGCCCGGGGCCGCCGGCGGUGCUGCGCGUGCUGCGCGGCCACGGCGCCGGCGUCGCCGACCUCGACUGGUCGCUGGCCAACGACGUCCUGGUCUCGGCCUCGCUGGACGGCAGCCUGCGGCUCUGGGCGCCGGGCCGGGGGCUCUGCAUCCGCCGCGUGCCCGACCCCGACGGCGCCCCCCUGCUGUGCUGCGCCUUCCAGCCCCUCAACAACAACCUCACCGUGGUGGGCAGUGCCAGGCACACGGUGCGGGUGGUGAACAUCUCCACCGGGAAGGCUGCCAAGGGCGGCACCGGGCGGGUGCCAGGCAGGGUCCUGGCGCUGUGCUUCGACCCCCCUGGGAGGGUCCUGUGGGCAGGGGACGACAGAGGCUCAGUGAGCAGCUUCCUGUGCGACCCCAACACAGGGCAGCUGAGCCGCGCGGGCAGGGUGCUGGUGCAGCCUGGCGGUGCCAUCACCUCCCUCAGUGCCAGGGCCUGGGCCAGCAGAGAGGCUCCUGACCCCUCCCUGCUGCUCAAUGCCAGCCCAGACCGACUGCUGCUCUUCAGCCUGGUGCAGGAGGAGGGCUCAGCGGUGCCAGGCCUGAGGCUGCGCCGCAGCUUCCCCACCAGGCACCGAGGGCACCACCUGCGGAGCUGCUUCUGCCCUCUGAUGUCCUUCCGCCAGGGAGCCUGCGUGGUGACGGGCAGCGAGGACGGCUCGGUGCUGUUCUUCGACGUGGGGCGGGCAGCUCGUGCCAGCCUCAACGCCCUGCAGGGCCACGGCGCCGCCGUGCUGGCCGUGGCCUUCAACUGCGACGAGAGCCUGCUGGCCUCCAGCGACGCCAAGGGCACCGUCAUCGUCUGGCGCCGCCAGAGCGCCCCCUGA